AUGGCCAAGCACGUGCCUGGAGCCCCGGGCCCUGCCGCGCGGGUCUGCGACCCAAAGAAGAGGACGCAGCAGGCGCAGGCCGAGGCGCGCGAGCAGCCCCGAGAGGCGCCAGUCGAGGAGACUCGACGCCCGCCCGCCCCGCUGGCUCCUCCCCGGGGCCGCGCUGCCUGCCCUACUUCUGGAGAGCGCGCGGACGCCCGGGAGGCUCCGCGGGUCAGGACCAGGACCCCGGGGCUGCAGCAGAGGGUCCGCGGGGGCGGCAUGGGGCGGCUGGUGCUGGCGCUGUGGGCGGCUCUGGUGUCCACGGAGCUCGCCCGCGCCGAUGUCUGGCCAAGUAAGGGCCGGGGCGCGCGCUCUGCCCACAGCAGCGCCUUGGAGCGCACAACUCAGAACCUGAGCUGCUUCCAGUGCUUCAAGGUCAACAGCUGGAGCCUCUGUAAGCCCACCGUGUGCCCCGCCACCGCUCAAGUCUGCGUCUCCAACGAGGUGUUCCUCCUCAGGAGUGAGUCCGUCCAGCUGCCGCGCCUGGGUCCUCAUCCACCGCCCACGAGGUCAAGGAUCAGAAUUCUGAUCAGCAAGAGGUGCGCUGUCCGCUGUCCAAACUCCAACAGUGAGUUCGAGUGGUCAUCCAGCCCUGAGCUGCGGGGCAGGAUUGUCAGGCGCUGCUGCUCAGGGCAGCUCUGCAACUCGGCGCCUGCCGUCUUGGAGAUACCCUGGGCCCUGUUCAGGUGGCUCCUGCUGCAAGUGGCCCUGGCCUGGGUGUCUUCUGGGCCCUGUUGUGAGGACUUGCCCUGCACCCCCUCGUGACUCCUCUUGUCCUGCGCCUCCAGCUGCCAUCUGGCCUCCCUCCCUGGACCCUGCCAUUUGCCCUGUCCAAUGCCUUUUCUCAAGAAGCCAGGGCAUGCUGGCCAACUCCUCAUGGAGAAGGGCCAUUCCCUGUGACGGGAGAAAGGGCCUGGCGAGGCCAGAACGACUGGCCCACACCCGACUCUCAUAGCUCCACUGUGGGCCCCCCACCCGUGUCCGGGACCCCCGGCUCCCUCCUCUCAGAGACAAUAAACUCUCACUGCCCCACA